AUGUCCAUUUCCCUGCACACUGUUCUUGCCCCGUUUGGUGUGAAACCGCCGAGUCUUUGCCUUGGAUGGCAGGCACGAUUCAGCCUUGGAGCAAGAGGGGCAGCAGCAGCAGUGGCAGAUGGUAAAGCAGAUGGGCUGGAGAAGACCUUGAAGGAGAAGAGAGAUUUAGAUGUUCUCUAUGAUGAUGGUUUUGGUAGUGUAACAAUGAAGGAGUACUUCACGGCAGCGAGAGCUAUGCUGAAGAACGACGAUGGUGGUUUUGCCCUGUGGAGUGCGGAUGCCCCAAGGUAG